AUGUCCUCGCUCCCCGCCGGCACCGACAUCAAGAGGGCUUUGGACAACAGCCCCGAGACAAACAUCGAAGAUGAACUCCCCGACGGUCCGCCGCAACCGCGGCCGAAGAACUACCUGCUCCUCAGCAUCCUCGCUUGUUUCUGCCCCGCGUAUCCCAUCAACAUCGUAGCCUUCGUCUUCGCCGUCAUGGCUUUAAACAGUUAUAAUCAAGGAGACAUAGAAGGAUCAAAAAGACUGGGUCGCAAUGCACUGUGGGUUGCAGUUGCAUCAAUUAUCAUUGGCCUUGUCAUCAUUGGAAUCUACUGCGUAGUUCAUUUCACAACGCUUCUGUUUUUCAUUGAAGUCAGUGAUGCACAGCCUGUCCUUAAUUACUCCAAUACAAAACUUCACUCUAAUCAGUGGAAUGAGUUGAUUUCUUCAGCACACACUGAUGUAAUUUGUACGUGGCAGAAUCUGGCCACUGGUUUUGAUGACCCUAAGAAGUGGCUGUUCUGUGAACUUCUCUUUGUUUUUUUGAAUACUAUUUCAGUGGUCUGAUAAUGUCUUGUGGGACUAUGAGUAGCUUGCCUUAUUAUCAGAUAUGAUACAACUGUCAUUGAGAAGUGGAAUAAAAUUACUUUUACUUCAUCUCCAUUCUGGUAUGUGGGAAGUUUCUUUCCUGUUUUUUGUUUCAAACAGUAUUUUCCCUUUCUCAAACUUAUCGGGUGACUUCAGAGUUAAGUCAAUGGAAGCAAACAUGGGAUUUCUGCCCUACGUUGUUCUGUUCAACCGAUCUAUACUGUAGCUAAAACGUGCAGAAGUUGUUUGAGAUGAGCUGCCACUCAAAAUCUCAGCAGGUUGGGCUGUUGGCUUUGUUUUCAAGGCAGCAUCCAGAGAAAGAGUGGUGGGGCAUAUUCAGAAGGGUCCAUCGGUGUUCUCAGUGGGGCUUUCCUACCACAGCUGGGAAAGGCAGCCAGGUGAGCUCACUACAAUAGGUGACACAGGUCAGCACCCACUGCUUUGCAUUGCACUCAUCAAAGUGAACACCACUGCAUCGCUGCAGUAACAUUUUGGACACAAAAUAUUCCAUCCCAGCACUGCCACUGAAACCAAAGCACGUGGAAUGGGAGGGGAGAGAGAGUUUCAAAGUUCUCCGAGCAUUAGAGGAUACACAACUUGAAGUAGUUUCUCCGAGUGCCUAAGCAGAAUGUAGAUCAAUAGGAGCGAGUCACCUGAUUUGUUCGGAUGCUUUUGAAAACCAUAGUGGAAAUCUAACUUGCAUCUUGAGGCUCAUAAAUAUCUCUGAAAUCUCACUCAUAAGAUAAAUGGGAAUUGAGCCAUUGUAACUUCGGUGCUUCUGAAGAUAAAUGGUGCUACCUCACAGUGCUAUUGAUUGGUAUAAAAAUAAAAGCUUUAUAUUAAACUACUUGAUGUGACAGAUAUGGGAAAAUGCAGCAAUUCCUCUAAUGUCCUUUAGUGCUUCUGUGUCAUAGGUAAUCUUAUUUCUGCUUUACUGAUAUAUUGAUAUCAUUUCUCUUCAUUUAUUUAUGCUUGCAUAUGCUUCCAACCAUGCUUGAGAAUGCAGUUGAACACAAAUCCUUCUCCUCCCCUCUUGGGCUGGAAAUGAAUGCACUCCUUGUCCAACCAAAUCAUGUUGUUGUAGGUUUGAUGGACCCAGACAAAAUGAGGUAAUCAGCAUCUUAAUCUAGUUUGAAGAAGAGGAAAUAACAUCUCACUACAUAAGCCAUCAAGACCUUGGGUGCCAGCAGUAGCUGUGCAAGGCAAGAUGCUGUUGUCUGACUGAGAAAUUAAUGUCUUCUUUUUCUUUUGAGAGCCACGCAAACAAAUUUCAGUAUCUACGACAGGCACAGGAGAUUACACGUCCUUCAUCACCAUCUGUCUGGAUUUGGAUUUGACCCGUUAUUACUAUGCAUUGCACCUGCCAAGGCAGAUGAGAAAAAAAGAGUUGUCUUGAGCAUGUUGUGAUUUUUGCUAUUUUGUGAAAUAGAAGGGGAGGAGGGGGAAAGCAGUAAGAUGUAUUUCAACUCAACAUCUGUGCCGUGGUCAGGAGAAUAGUCUUCCUUUCAUACAGCUGCUUCAGGCUUCCAGUUUUUUCUGCGGUCUUCCUGCAUGCUGAGGGCACUGCUUAUUGCCCAGAGUCCAACUCUCUUUUCCUUCCUGCAUGUAUUACAGGCAGAGACAGAUGGAAACUUGAAAUUGCUGGCCUCAGCUCCUGGAUCAGAUUAGCAUCUUUAGCUUCUUCCAGGGCAGCUGCAUUCUGCAAAACAGCAGCGUGCCUGUAUCUUGAUACGUAACCUUAGAGCAUGGCUUCUAAAUAUAUGAGGAGUUUCUUUGCUGCUGUCUGAAGGGGGUCAGCCAGACAUUCAGAUAGCAUGGGGGUGUACAUUUCAUCACACUGCACAGCAAAGAAAACAUCAAGAGGACAAUGUGGAAUCCUUUGGGUGCCUCCCUGCAAGCACAUCUUGAACAUCAGCGCUGGUUCCUCAGUUUGUGUGGUUGCAACCACAGUCUGUGAGCAUUGUGGCUCGUGGGCCCAGAAUCUGUUGCUUUUGUGCCUGUACCUAUGGGUAUGUGCACACAGUACGAGCUGUGCUUUGCCUUUCGACCCUAAUCAUCUCAAAAUGAGCCAGGAUACAUCUGCUGGGCCAGUGGGCACACAUCUCCCUCUAGGCUUGUUUCCUUACCUGGACGCUGGCUUUGCCAGUACUUAAGAUGGAUUUUGUUCCUAGUUUGCAUCAGUAGGGAAGGGACUGUGCCACCUUCUGAGUUAGCCUUUAUUUUGUAUGCACUGUGUGUGCAUAUAUGCACAAGAGGAUGCAUCUGAAAUACCAGAUUUCCCAAAACAAGUGAGAUUUAAAUAAAAGGAAGUCACUAAUUGACAUGGGAAUAAGUUGAUAAGCCACAUCCUGCUGUGUGCAGGACAGUCUGCAUGUCUGCAGCUCUUCCAAGAAUCAUAGGCAGUACACAGGCAGGUCACUGAAGGUGUGCAGUGCUGUGUUGGAGGAGAGACGCUGAGCAGGGAUGCAGUGCUCUGCCUGCAACUGAUUUUUAUGCUCACUCACCAUUUUCCACCUCCCAAACACAACGGCAUGUUCUGCAUGCACCACAACGGCACGCCUGCCUUGAAAUGUGAGUGAGCCUUUAAGGAGGCGGCCCAACUUGACUUCCUCUGCAGCCCGGCCAAAUGGGCUAUAUUCAGAAGUGACCUAAAUGGAGAAGGGUGGUAUGAGAAGGAUCGCUCAAGCAAUAGAAAGCUGAAGGAACAAAUCCAGCAUGCCAAGGUAGAAUGGAAGGUUAUAGAAAUUUACCGGGGAGGUUUCUGCACUUUAUUUUUUCCUGUCUUGGGCUCUAGGAUAAAUUCUGCUGCUGCUACCAGCUGACUCACUUGUCUCUGUGGCACAGAAGGAGCACUUGCUCAUAUAUCCUUUAUAAUGUGAUCUGUGUCAUGUCUGAAUUUGAUCUGCUAGCUCAUGACUGAGGAUGGCUCCUCUGUUUCUAUCAUAUCUAUCUGCAGGGCUGAGUCAGCUUCCACUUAGCUUGCAGCUACUUCUCUUUGACUAAAUAAGCUUAUGUCAUGUCAGAUACCAACGGAUACAUCAGGAUUUUAAAACACACAGUCCAAGAUAUUUGGCCACUACACUUAAUUUUUCAACACAUUUCAGGCAAGAGAAGGGGAAGCUCCAGUGAAAUGAAGGGGUGCACACCAGAGCAGUCUAUGAGGCCGUGAUGAAACAUGGCAGCCGCAUCUACAUGCAUCUCAACCAGAGUUCAGUCAUUUUGGAUUUCAACCAACUCCAGGAGAUUGUCCAAACAGGUCAAAUGGGAUUUUGACCUACAGCAUUGGUGGUCGUAGCAUCCCUUCCUUGUGUUACCUGAUGAAGAAGGAUGGGAAAUGGUAGCUCUAGAAGAUAGGCUGACUCAAUGGUAAAGUUGUCACUUAACUCCUCAGCAUUCACUUGACUCCAUUUAAACUGUAGUUUUGAUUUAUCAUUGCAAUUUAGAUGAUACUUUCCAUGGAAAUCUGCGUAGUUAACCCCAGCUGGAUCCUGAACAUACCAGAACAAGAUAGUGUUGAGUGCUGCAUUUGUAUUUAACUAAAAGGUUUUGCAAUAGUCACAUAACACAGCAUCGUUUCCCUUUGGCUGAUGAUUGGGAAAGUCAUGCUUUUAGAGGCAAGAUGGGGAUUUCUGGCUCAUCAUUUUCUCUAAUUCUUCUCAGUGAAAACAUUUAAAGUCACUAUUCAUGGGCAUCUCCCAGAGUUGUAGGGCAGAGUACACAGCUGAACACCUAAUGAGGUUAGUGUAUUACCCAUGCAAGGAGUGCUUACUAAAGGCUAAGUGGCCUGUUGCUGUGUCCUUUGUCUCAUAAACAUGACAAAACUGAAGUUUGUCAGCUGUCAACAACAGACAGUUCCAAUGGCAAGUGACUGCUCUGGUAUUCUCACUAACCAGGAACCUCAUUUGUGGUGAAGAAAUAUGGAAGACUGGAUGAAAGAAUGCUGUUAUGUCCUCAUCUGGCAAUAAGAGCAGGAAGGUUAAGGGAGGUGUGUGAAGGAAAGGGAGUUUGUAGCCCUCCUUUAGAAUGUGGAGACAGGCCUAGGGUGAGGUAGGGGGAAUUUUGUAUGCCCUUCAGAUUGCAGAGCAUGGAAGGAGGCAAAAAAAAACAUCACAAAUUUGCCUCCUUUGAAAGGGAGGAGCAAAACUGCAGUGCUCUGGAGACGCAGCGGGCAGAUGAGCUCUGCCAGGCCAUCGUGGCAUGUCUGCAGCUGAGCUCUCAUUUCCCACAUCUCCUUUAGGAACAGCUGUGAGCGAGCUGGGCUCUCCUUCAGGCUGAUAGGAGAAAAUGAUACUGCAGUGCAUGUAUGACCAUGCAUGUGUCCACUGCUUCGGUCCUGUGCAAGGCAAGGAGCUCCCAAAGGCUUUGGAGUGACACUGCAUGGGAAGCAACCAUUCUGUCUUAAUACCAAAGCUUUAAAUUGAGAAAAGCUUGGACUUUUCUUACCCAACAGCCUUGUGGGCUGUCAGCAGGCCUUGUUCUGGAGUGUGUUAUCAGUCUGUGUUUUUUGUAUAUAAGAAGACCAUCGUAAAGCAGCGAUGAGCCCUAAAGUGGAGAUGCUGCUGCUUGCAGUGCAUCCGGCUCUGCAGGCUGUCACAAUGGCUCCCCAAUGGGCAAAGUGCAGAGGUGUGAACCUCCAACCUGCCCUGCGUGUGCAUUUGUGCCAGGGGAAACCCAACCAUCGGGUCUGCAGGGAAAGAAUAUGAGCGUGCUAACCUGCAUUAAGUAUCAAAACAGCAACAGCUGCAUUUUAUAGCAGUGUAAGAGCUCUGUGGAAGCUGGGAAUGGGCUCACAAGCCCUGUGAUGGGCGCUCCCAUGCUCAGGGCAUUUUGCCCACGGAAGACAAAUUAGCAGCAGCUGUUCCUGCAGGCAGGCAGCAGGAGCCAGCCACGCUCCCAGGGCUGGGCACGGGGAUUCUGUCGAUCCCAGCAGAAUUCUUCCUCCGCGUCACAACGUGCCACAAGGAGACGCUCUGAUCUGAUAGAGAAAAAAAAAAAA